UCUGUUUUAAAGCUCGAGCAAUAAGCAUAUUUUACGAAAUUUUGCUCUCUGUGCGUGAUAUUGGAAGGCUAAACUGAGGUGUUGGAAAGGGUAGUCGGCGGAGCGAGAGCGAAGGCAGAUAGAAGAAUGUCUACCGCUGGUCAGGAUGAAGACAAGAAGCCCGAAGAUUCGUCGUCGCACAUCAAUGUCAAAGUCAAGGGCCAGGAUGGCAAUGAAGUCUUUUUUAGGAUCAAGAAAAGCUCCCAACUGAAGAAGCUCAUGACCACUUAUUGUGAUCGACAAUCAGUGGAUUUAAAUGCAAUUGCGUUUCUGUUUGAUGGCCGCCGUCUUCGAGCAGAGCAGACUCCUGAUGAGCUGGAAAUGGAGGACGGUGACGAGAUUGAUGCGAUGCUGCACCAGACUGGAGGCUCUGCUGCUUAAUUAGUUGGGCACGAAUGCUUAGCUAUGUGGAAGUGUUGUAUUUAACUUUCUACUGUACUUAUUCUGUUAAUACUAUGUUCUUGAGUUUCUGUUACUAGUCUAUUGCCUAUUGGUCUUGAGAAUUCUACUAUGAUGCAGUCCGUUCUAAAUGUAUUCUGUUUAAUUAAAUCAGUGCUAAUUAGUGAAUUGGCUCUCUA